GAGCUCCGGGGCGGCAUGUCCGAGGCCGGCGGGGUCGCGCCGGGCGGCGGCGGGGCGGGGGUCGGGGCCGCGGUCGGGGUCGGGGCGCUGCCCCCGCCACCCCCCGCGCCCCCGGCCGCGCCCCCCCAGGGCUCCCCGUGCGCGGCCGCCGGGAGCUCGGGCGCCUGCGGGCCGGCAACGGCGGUGGCGGCGGCGGGCACGGCGGAGGGGCCGGGAGGCGGCGGCUCGGCCCGGAUCGCCGUGAAGAAGGCGCAGCUGCGCUCCGCGCCGCGGGCCAAGAAGCUGGAGAAACUCGGCGUGUACUCCGCCUGCAAGGCCGAAGAGUCUUGCAAAUGUAAUGGCUGGAAAAACCCUAACCCUACUCCCACUCCCCCCAGAGCUGAUCUGCAGCAAAUAAUCGUCAGCCUUUCAGAAUCCUGCCGGAGUUGUAGCCAUGCUCUAGCUGCCCAUGUGUCCCACUUGGAGAACGUGUCAGAGGAGGAGAUGAACAGGCUCCUGGGAAUAGUGCUGGAUGUGGAGUAUCUCUUCACCUGCGUGCACAAGGAAGAGGAUGCAGACACCAAGCAAGUUUAUUUUUACUUAUUCAAGCUCUUGAGAAAAUCUAUUUUACAAAGAGGAAAACCUGUGGUGGAAGGCUCUUUGGAGAAGAAACCCCCAUUUGAAAAACCUAGUAUCGAACAGGGUGUGAAUAACUUUGUACAGUACAAAUUUAGUCACCUGCCAUCCAAAGAAAGACAAACAAUAGUCGAGUUAGCCAAAAUGUUCCUGAACCAGAUCAACUACUGGCAUCUGGAGGCACCAUCUCAAAGAAGACUGCGGCCUCCCAGUGACGACGUGUCUGGGUACAAAGAAAACUACACAAGGUGGCUGUGUUACUGCAACGUGCCACAGUUCUGUGACAGUCUACCUCGGUAUGAAACCACCCAGGUGUUUGGGAGAACACUGCUUCGCUCGGUCUUCACGGUCAUGAGGCGCCAGCUCCUGGAACAGGCGAGACAGGAGAAGGACAAGCUGCCCCUCGAGAAACGAACUCUCAUCCUCACCCACUUUCCAAAGUUUCUGUCUAUGUUAGAAGAAGAAGUAUAUAGUCAAAACUCUCCCAUCUGGGAUCAGGAUUUUCUUUCAGCCUCUUCCAGAACCAGCCAGCUAGGAAUCCAAACAGUUAUCAACCCACCUCCUGUGGCUGGGACCAUUUCAUACAAUUCAAACUCAUCUUCCAUUGAGCAGCCAAAUGGAGGGAAUGCCAGUCCUUCCUGCAAAGCCUCUUCUGGGCUUGAGGCAAACCCAGGGGAAAAGAGGAAAAUGAAUGACUCUCAUGUUCUGGAAGAGGCUAAGAAACCCCGAGUUAUGGGGGACAUUCCUAUGGAAUUAAUCAACGAGGUCAUGUCUACUAUCACAGACCCUGCAGCCAUGCUCGGACCAGAGACCAAUUUUCUGUCCGCACAUUCAGCCCGGGACGAGGCGGCGCGGCUGGAGGAGCGCCGGGGUGUGAUUGAGUUUCACGUGGUCGGCAACUCCCUGAAGCAGAAACCAAAUAAGAAGAUGCUGAUGUGGCUCGUGGGCCUGCAGAAUGUCUUCUCCCAUCAGCUGCCUCGGAUGCCGAAAGAGUACAUCACGCGGCUUGUCUUUGACCCGAAACACAAAACCCUUGCUUUAAUCAAAGAUGGCCGUGUCAUUGGUGGGAUUUGCUUUCGUAUGUUCCCGUCACAAGGAUUCACAGAGAUUGUUUUUUGUGCUGUGACCUCCAAUGAGCAAGUCAAGGGCUAUGGGACACACCUGAUGAACCACUUGAAAGAAUACCAUAUAAAACACGACAUCCUGAACUUCCUCACAUAUGCAGAUGAAUAUGCAAUUGGAUAUUUCAAGAAACAGGGUUUCUCCAAAGAAAUUAAAAUACCUAAAACCAAAUAUGUCGGCUAUAUCAAGGAUUAUGAAGGAGCCACUUUAAUGGGAUGUGAGCUGAACCCCCAGAUCCCAUACACAGAGUUUUCCGUCAUCGUUAAGAAGCAGAAGGAGAUCAUUAAAAAACUGAUAGAAAGAAGACAAGCUCAGGUCCGCAAAGUUUACCCUGGACUUUCGUGUUUUAAAGAUGGAGUUCGACAGAUUCCAAUAGAAAGCAUUCCUGGAAUCAGAGAGACAGGCUGGAAACCCAGUGGAAAAGAGAAAAGCAAAGAGCCCAAAGACCCUGAUCAGCUUUACAGCACACUCAAGAGCAUCCUCCAGCAGGUGAAGAGCCACCAAAGUGCUUGGCCCUUCAUGGAACCUGUGAAGAGAACAGAAGCUCCGGGAUAUUAUGAAGUUAUACGGUUCCCCAUGGAUCUGAAAACCAUGAGUGAACGCCUCAAGAAUAGGUACUAUGUCUCUAAGAAGUUAUUCAUGGCAGACUUACAGCGAGUUUUUACUAAUUGCAAAGAGUACAACCCCCCUGAGAGCGAAUACUACAAAUGUGCCAAUAUCCUGGAGAAAUUCUUCUUCAGUAAAAUUAAGGAAGCCGGAUUAAUUGACAAGUAAUUUUGUUUCCUUCUGCUUCUUAGAAACUCAUCAAGAAGUGUGCCUAAAGCAAAAUGGUUUAUUUAGUUUUACAACCAAUUGGACAUAUGUAUUGAAGAUACCUGUAAAUGUAAUAAUUAGCACUUUUGAAAAACAAACAUAAAACCUCUUCGCUUUUCAGAGAAGUAUUUAAAUUGAAGUCAUAGAACAUUUUUUAUUCUGUGGAAUAGAUUUUAAUCUAUUUACUACUAUUAAUGUAAAUUUUCUAUGGCAUGUCCAUUAGUGGAAUAUUCAAUAAUAGAUUAUCAGGGUUUCCUCAAAACUGGUAUAUGAGGAAAUUGCACAUAGUACCAAGAUUUGGAGGAAUCCAGGAAGUUUUCAGACCGUGAAUGUUUCCAUUUUUUUCUAAUGGAAGGUGAGAGUUUAUUUUAAUUUUAUUCUGAAGGACUUUAAGGAAAGCGUACAUGAAAAACAAACAAAAGCCCAUAAAAGGUGAAAUAUAUGAUGCUUGAAGUCUCACUGUAGACUUUUUAUAUAUAUAUAUAUAUAUAUAUAUUUUUAAAGACACUCAUCCAGAAGAGGUGCUUUGAGCAGUUCUGAAAAAAAAAAAAAAGAAAAGAAAGCAGUUUCAGAAAAGUAACUGUUUUGAUUCCUAUGGAAACAGUUCUUAAUAAUACACACUUCCCCCCCCCCCCCGUAAACAUUUAGGCUUUUAAAUAAUUCUGAUGACAACAGACUUGUGAGCUUGUUACCACUAUUUUAAUAAUUAUUUUCUCUACACAAAUGUGUAAUGUCUUACUUGACUUUGCUUAUGCAGGCCAUAAGUUCCCAAAAAGUAAUUUCCAGGGUCACAGAUAUGAAACUACUUGAAAAUGAAUUGACGUUGUUAACAAGAAAAGAUACAGUAUGAACAUAUACUAAGUUUGGUGACUCGUUGCCCUAAUAAAUACCAUUUUCCCUUUAUAAGACCCACAUAACCCGACAGAUAUUGUAUUAUGAACCUUUUCCCACUUGCAUUACAGACUAUAUUCUGAGGUGAAUUAAAGUACCACAGAGGUUUGCUGUCAGUAUUUCCACACCCACAUGGGUAUAUAGUUCCAGGGUAUUAUCCCAGUAAAAUCCAUUAUACAUCUGUCUUCACCUGUUCAAGAAUUUCACCUUAGUGCUUAUAUCUAUUUCUUAAUGAACACUACAUUAAAAAGUUGGGCAGUUGCCACCCCAACUUUGAGAGAACCAACUAAAAUAAAACAAACAAAGGCCAUCUUGAUAGUCUCGACACUAAUUUUUAUGAUACGAAUUUAUAAACGGAUUUUUGUAAAGGAGUAGGUUUUAAAUGUGUAUUUACCUUGAUAUUUUUUUACCAACACAGUUGAAUUAAAGUAAAAUAGUCACCAAAAACAGUCGCCAGCGAUAAUCUGCACGGAGGAAAAAGACUUGGCAAAUGUCUUUUAUGUAGACGUGUUUUGAUGUCAGAGAUAUUCAGAAUGCUCACACUGGAAAACAAAACAAAAAAGCCCGUUUCCUUAACAUGUAAGAAACCACCUUGAGUGGCAUCUAGAUUUCUAAUGAAGAACCACAGAGCUUGAAGGAAGUAUCGUGGAUUGGUUUCAAACAGUUCUUCAUACUGGAUCAGCUGAAGCAUCUGGCCAGCUUGGUAUCCUGUGAAAGUUUGUUAUUUUCUGGGUAGACGUAGAGUAUUGUCUUUAAAAUCAUAUGGUCUCUUCUAUAUUGAAAGCAUUUUUAUGUUUUCUAAUUUAAAAAAUUAAUAUUUUCUUAUAGAUAAUUGUGCAAUAAAGCUAAAGUAGGAUGUGUGGAUUUUGCAAAUGCUUUAACAACUGAUAAAAUUUUACAUUUGUAAAAUUAAUAUAUUGUACUGGUACAAAAUAGUUUUAAAUUAUAUUUUUAAAAGCUC